AUGGAGACCAAGAACAGUUCAGUAGUAACAGAAUUCAUCCUCCUGGGACUGACUCAGUCUCAAGACACUCAACUCCUUGUCUUUGCACUCAUUUCAGUUUUCUACCUAAUAAUUCUUCCUGGAAAUUUCCUUAUCAUUUUCACCAUUAGAUCGGACCCUGGACUCACAGCCCCACUUUACUUCUUUCUGGGUAACUUGGCCUUUUUGGAUGCCUCCUACUCUUUCAUUGUAGCUCCCAGGAUGCUUGUGGAUUUCUUCUGUGAGAAAAAAGUCAUUUCUUACAAAAGCUGCAUCACUCAGCUCUUUUUCUUGCACUUCCUUGGAGCAGGAGAAAUGUUCCUUCUUGUUGUGAUGGCCUUUGAUCGUUACAUCGCCAUAUGCCGCCCUCUGUACUACUCCACUCUCAUGAACCCUAGAGUCUGUUAUGCAUUAUUGUUGGCUCUGUGGCUUGGGGGUUUUGCUCAUUCCAUUGUACAAGUGGCUCUUAUCCUGAACUUGCCCUUUUGUGGCCCAAACCAGCUGGAUAACUUUUUCUGUGAUGUUCCACAGGUCAUUAAGCUAGCCUGCACUGAUACCUUUGCAGUGGAGCUCCUGAUGGUCUCCAACAGUGGUCUGCUUACCCUCUUGUGCUUCUUGGGACUUCUGGCCUCCUAUGCUGUUAUCCUUUACCAUGUCAAAGGACAAUCCUCUGAAGGGAAGAAGAAAGCUGUCUCUACAUGCACUACCCACAUUAUAAUUGUGUUUCUCAUGUUUGGGCCUGCCAUUUUUAUAUACACCCGUCCCUUCCAGGCUCUUAAAGCUGACAAAGUUGUUUCUCUCUUCCACACAGUCAUCUUUCCGUUGAUGAAUCCUGUGAUCUAUACUCUUCGCAACCAGGAAGUGAAAAGUUCUAUGAGGAAGUUGUUAAAUCAGUAUGUUGUUUGCUGACUGGAUAAAUGGAAAAAGAAACAAAAAAGUGAGAAAUAUUGUUUAAAUAGUUUAAACCAUGGAUUUAUGGAUGCAUCAAAUCAAUUCUUUAGCAAAUGCUGUUAUGUAGUUCUAGUUUUCUGAUACUACUCUAAGCACAUGGAUAGACAGAUACAAUUCUAGGUCUCCAGUGAAGUCAAGUCAAACUACUGAACUAGAAAAAACUCACC